AUGAACGCGCUGUGCCGGCGCCAGCGACAGCGGCAGGUCCAGCAGCAGCAUCAGCACCGGCGCGCGACCGAGUCGAGUCUCGCGUCGUUCAACUAUGACAAGCCGCGAUGGGCCCCGCUCCCUUUGGACAUUGACGAGGACGAGCAGCGGCCGUCCCCGCCCCAGCCUCAGCCGCAAGCCCCACAGCGCAAGCGCUGGUCACUGCCCCUCCCGCUCCCCCGCGCGUACUCGCACUCGGCCGCGUCCGCCCUCCCCGCCGUCAACGACGACGAGGACGAGAUCGUCGCCGCCCUGAAUGACAGGAAGCUGUUCGCCGAGUGGGUCGAGCCAGAGCCCGAGCCUGUCGCUUUUGCCGAGCCAGAGGACAUUGCGCCGAUCAGCGUGCCGACUACGCCGGCCUCCCCGCCGCUGCUCACGCCCCCGCUCGACACUGAGCCCGUCACUGGGCCGUCCUUCCCCGCCCGGAGGGAUCUCACAAAGCCGAGGGACAAGGCCGCCGCAGUGCCCCAGACCCCGCCGCCAGCCUCGUCGGGAAAUAAGGGCGAGUGGGAGCCGUUGCCGGCCUUUGUUGCCCCGCCGCCCCCGCCCGUCGCAUCGUCGUCGUCGAGCAGGUCGGAGAAGUGGGCGCCGCUGUUACCCGCCGACAACGGUCCCCCGCCGCCUCCGCUGCCCGAGAAGGGGGCGUGGGCGCCAACCCCGUCGCAGGCCGCGCCGCCGCCAUACCCCGGGCCCAGCAAGCCCCGACGGCACUCGUUCGCGCCCUUCAUCUUCCGGCCGUCGCAGGUGCCGCGCGUGUCAGCCCCGCCCCGGCCAGCGCCCGCGCCCGCGCCCGCGCCCGCGCGUGCGACCCCGUCCACGCCGCCGCCGCCGGCACCAGCAGCGCCCGAGCCAUACGUCGACCCGACACACCCCGCCGUCUCGCUGCCCCCGCCGCCGCCGCCCAACGCCGCCCGGCGCCAGUCGUACCACCCGCCCGCGUCGCCCAAGACGGUCGCGCUGCACAACGAGCUCGCGCUGCUCGACCCCGAGCUCGUGCCGUCCGAGUUUGGCGCCAACCGCCGCUACUCUGACAUUGAGCGCCGGCUCGGCAGCCCGCCAAAGGCCAGCAGCAUGGCGUGGAGCGGGCCCGGCGGUGUGCGAGAGAACAGCAACAGCGGCGGCGACCACCACACGCCGUGGUCGAUCGGAUGGCGCAGCGGGCGGCACUAG